CGCGCUUGUGGCAGAUUCACAUGAAAGCGCACAGCGCGGGGAAUCUGAGAAACAAUCGUGAAGUGUGAAGCCGACCCACAAGCAGCCAUUCUCCACGCACGUUCACCCUUGUCAUCCAUCCUUCACACCACAAUCCCCUCUACUCACAGCAAGUCUUGCAAGCAGUGCAGUUAUUUUUUGGAGCUGCCAAUAUACACAUCAACUCUGACUCCUUCGCAACACUUCACAGACAUGUCCCUUCGCGCUCCCAUGCUCCGUGCUACGGCACGCGCUGCUGCUCGUCAGCAAAGCCUUCGCAGUGGAAGCGCAGUAUCCGCCACAGCCUCUGUCGCCCCCCUGCGUUCUCAACAGCGCAUCACUCCCUCCAGCUCCAACGCCCUCUCGAGUGCUCGUUCAUUCUCUUCAAGCUCUGCUCGAGGCAUGGCAGCCGAGUUCGAGUCUCCCUUCGGUAUCAAUUCCUUGUCCAAGUUGUCGGAAGAGGAGGAAAUGCUCAGAGAGGCCGUGCAGAGAUUCGCUCAGGAUGUCGUCGCCCCCAAGGUGGAAGCUAUGGAGGAAAACGAAAAGAUGGACCCGGAAAUCAUCAAGGGACUCUUUGAGCAGGGUCUCAUGUCCAUCGAGACCGACCCUGAGCUUGGUGGUGCAGGCGGCUCCUUCACUGCCGCCAUCAUCGUCAUCGAAGAGCUGGCCAAGGUCGACCCUUCUGUCUCUGUGCUUUGCGAUGUCCACAAUACCCUCGUCAACACCGUCCUCCGCAAGUAUGCUUCCAAGGAACUGCAGGAGAAGUACAUGCCCAAGCUGUCUGCUGAUACUCUCGGCUCCUUCUGCCUCUCCGAGCCCGCGUCCGGAUCCGACGCCUUCGCCAUGAAGACUUCUUGCAAGAAGGACUCCAAUGGAGACUGGAUCAUCAACGGUAGCAAGAUGUGGAUCACUAACAGCGCCGAAGCGGAAUUCUUCAUCGUCUUUGCACAAAGCGAUCCUUCCAAGGGCUACAAGGGCAUCAACGCCUUUGCGGUGGAGAAGGAGCACGGUGUAGAGAUUGCCAAGAAGGAGAAGAAGCUGGGCAUCAAGGCUAGCUCGACCUGCACGGUCAACUUUGACGAGGUCAAGAUUCCCAAGGAGAAUCUGAUCGGUGAGGAGGGCAAGGGCUACAAGAUUGCUAUUGAGAUCCUCAACGAGGGACGAGUCGGAAUCGGAGCUCAGAUGGUCGGCCUGGCUCAAGGAGCGUUCGAAAAGGCGGUGCGCUACGCUCACGAGCGGGAGCAGUUCAACAAGCCAGUGGCCACUUUCCAAGGCAUGCAAUUCCAGAUUGCUGAAGCCGCUACGCAAAUCGAGGCUGCACGAGCACUCGUCUACAACGCUGCUAGGCUGAAGGAGGAAGGAAGACCAUUCACAAAGCAGGCGGCCAUGGCCAAGCUCUUCUCUUCCCAGGUCGCUCAGAGCGUGUCUGGCAGCGCUAUCGAAUGGUGUGGUGGCUACGGCUUCACGCGAGAGUCUGGUCUGCCCAAGUUCUGGUCCGACAGCAAGAUUGGAGCUAUCUACGAGGGAACCAGCAACAUUCAGAGGGCCACGAUCUACAAACUCGCCUCUGCUGAGCUUGACGCUUGAGCGGCGAGCUAGCUAGCUGCUUCUCUGGCCCAUUUCAGUACUCUCACGCUGAUCCGGAGGUACACAUCUCUUGAGAAAAGUUCGUACGCGUAUUUGCAAGUAUAGUCUCGAAUACAAAAUGUCAUGAGGACUUCAUCAUCUA